UUUUGAUAGGCAGGGCAGGAAAGAAGUUUUACUAAUUACUAGUACAGUGAUAAAGUUAAUAGGUGAAACGAAUAGUGCUUAAUUUACAACGUAAAUAAGACUCAACAACUUUCCUUACCAUAGUAUACUGUAGGCCUGGGAUUUUCUAUUCAGACCUACUGGAAAUUGUGUAUAGUAUGAAUAAUUGUAUUGUGGUGAUAUUGAUUAUGGAAGAGGCAGACAAUAUAAAAUUAAACCAUUCAUCAUUAAGAUCAGAGACUCGACUAAGUGUAUACUAGAGGACAUAGCAAGGAGUACCGGUAUAGCAAAUAAGAAAUUACACUUUGAAAAUGUCUUCUUCACUAUCAUCAUUGGCCCCUUUUGAUCUUCACAAGCAUUUGAUCAAUCAGUACAUCUUGACAAGGAAAGGAGCAACAGCUCUCUUAAAACGGGAUACGUCUAGGGACAAAAGGGACAUUGAUGUUAUCAGGGAAAACCACAAAUUUUUAUGGGAUGACGAUGAAGAACCUAAUACAUGGGAGAAAAGGCUUGCAAGAAAAUAUUACGACAAACUUUACAAAGAAUACUGCAUAUGUGACUUAAGUAGGUUUAAGGAAAAUAAAGUGGCGAUGAGAUGGCAGACCGAGCCAGAGCUGGUGUCAGGAAAGGGUCAGUUUGUUUGUGGAGAGAAGAGGUGUAAAGAAAACGAGGGUUUACGAACCUGGGAGGUCAACUUUGCUUAUUUGGAAGAAGGAGCUAAGAAAAAUGCACUUGUAAAGCUGCGUCUGUGUCCUGAAUGCUCCUACAAGUUGAAUUACAAAAGCAAGAAAAAAGAAAUAAAAUGCAAGUUAAAGAAAAGAACAAGUUGUUCUACAACUGCACAUGCAUCUGAAAUCCCGGCAAAGGUUGCUAGAACAGAAGAAGCAGCCAAUCUUCAGACUGAAUCUGACAGUAAUACAAGGUCAACGACGGAAGAGGAGAGGAACAUUUGGAAAGAGGGAGUAGCCACGGAGGAAAGGUCGAGAGAUGAAGACUUUGAAGACUAUUUAGAACAUUUAUUAUUUUAAAAGGUUUUUUACAAAAGUUGAUAAUGUGUUUUAAAUACCUGUAUAAGAAGUUAAAAUAUUUAAUUCAAGCAAUAAUAUACAGUAUAAG